AAGAGAAGAGAGAGAGAGAGAGAGAGAAAUGGCGCAGCCGCCGCCAUGGAAGGCGAUGUACCUGUCUGUGACGAGCGACGCGAUCCGAUCCGCCGCCGCCGUCAAGCGAAGCGUCGCCGCCGCGCGUCGCGAUCUGGCGUCCCCGCUGGUGCUGGACACCCGCGACGCCGAGGGGCGGUACACCUUGCUGGAGUCCGCGCUGACCCACAUCGACCACGCAUCCGGCUCCCUCUCCGCUUUCAUCAUCAACAUGGUGGUGGCCGAGCGCCUGACGCUCCACGGCUGCGGCGCCGUCCCGUCGGAGCCGGUGGCCCGCGUCGGCGACCUCCGCGAUGGCCACGGGCGCCACGACGAGUGGCUUGCUCUGAUCAGGCUCCAGGCCGCCAGGGAGCACGCCCAGGACGCGCUCCGCCGAGUGGAGGGGGCCUACACUCUCCUGGCCACCGUCGGGUUCAUGCUUCACAGCCAGAACCCCGACGCUCCAGGGCGCCGGCAAGCCAUGGAAGGGCAGCUCCACGCCCUCGACCUCCAGCCCGUGGUGGUCGGCGUGGCGAGCAUGUCCGCGCUGGCCUCCUUGGCCACCGAGCCCCCCAUCCGCUACCGCAUCCAGUGAGAGGUCGAUCUCUUGCCUUGAUCAGCUCCGCACGACUCCGCUUGCUUGCUUGACAUGGAUGAUCGUUCGCGUUGGCUAGGGCCUAGGGCUACUUUGUCUCCUUGAUAUCUUGUGAUUGUGAAACCAUGGAUGAUCUAUCCGUCCGUCGGAUUCGAACUACUCCUACGUUUUGCGGUUCUGUUGUUACUUGCAAGGAUCGUUUCGAUCGA